CUCUAUCCAUUCGCGCUCCCGGAUCAGGUGGCCACCGAGGCGCCAAACCUCUCCUAAACCCCCGCGUCUCUCACCGCCAUGCUCGUGGCCGCCUCCCGCGAUGCCGCCACCGCCAGCUAGAACCCACCCGAACCCUCCCCUCCUCCACCUCCUCGCCUCCCACCGCGCGCCGCAGCCGCUCCCGCUCACGCCGGCGCACGGCCACCUCCCGCCGCGGAAGCGUCCCCGCGGAGUCGGCUCCGCAGCGGCGCCGCCGCCGCCGCGUGCCGCCGCCUCCGCGGAGGCCACCUACUCUGACCGGAGCGCCGCGCUGCGGGCGCUCUGUAGCCAUGGCCAGCUGGCGCAGGCGCUCUGGCUCCUCGAGUCCUCCCCGGAGCCGCCCGACGAGGGCGCCUACGUCGCGCUGUUCCGGCUCUGCGAGUGGCGCCGCGCGGUCGACGCCGGGAUGCGGGCGUGCGCGCGCGCCGACGCCGAGCACCCGAGCUUCGGGCUCCGCCUCGGGAACGCUAUGCUCAGCAUGCUCGUCAGGUUCGGGGAGAUAUGGCACGCGUGGAGGGUGUUCGCCAAAAUGCCUGAGAGGGACGUCUUCUCCUGGAACGUCAUGGUAGGCGGGUACGGCAAGGUGGGCUUCCUCGAGGAGGCGCUGGACCUGUACUACAGGAUGCUGUGGGCAGGGAUGAGGCCGGAUGUCUACACGUUCCCCUGCGUGCUGCGUACCUGCGGGGGCAUCCCUGACUGGAGGAUGGGGAGGGAGGUGCAUGCUCAUGUGCUUCGAUUUGGUUUUGGAGACGAGGUCGAUGUAUUGAAUGCUCUGGUGACCAUGUAUGCAAAAUGUGGGGAUAUUGUGGCGGCGAGGAAGGUGUUUGAUGGAAUGGCCGUGACAGACUGCAUAUCAUGGAAUGCGAUGAUAGCUGGGCAUUUUGAGAAUCAUGAGUGUGAGGCAGGGUUGGAGUUGUUUCUCACCAUGCUGGAGAAUGAGGUACAACCGAAUCUCAUGACAAUAACCAGUGUGACUGUUGCAUCUGGAAUGUUGUCUGAAGUGGGUUUUGCAAAAGAAAUGCAUGGGUUUGCUGUAAAGAGAGGUUUCGCCAUUGAUGUUGCAUUCUGUAACUCGUUGAUUCAGAUGUACACCAGUCUCGGGAGGAUGGGGGAUGCAGGUAAAAUAUUCUCAAGAAUGGAAACUAAAGAUGCCAUGUCAUGGACUGCAAUGAUAUCGGGGUAUGAGAAAAAUGGUUUCCCAGAUAAAGCCCUUGAAGUUUAUGCACUGAUGGAAUUGCAUAAUGUAAGUCCUGAUGAUGUUACAAUUGCAAGUGCCCUUGCUGCUUGUGCCUGCUUGGGGAGGUUAGAUGUAGGCAUCAAAUUGCAUGAGCUUGCUCAGAACAAGGGAUUCAUCAGGUAUGUUGUCGUUGCUAAUGCGCUCCUUGAAAUGUAUGCUAAAUCCAAGCACAUUGAUAAGGCUAUUGAAGUAUUUAAGUUCAUGGCUGAGAAGGAUGUGGUAUCAUGGAGUUCAAUGAUUGCUGGAUUUUGCUUUAACCACAGGAGUUUUGAGGCUUUGUACUAUUUCCGGUAUAUGCUAGGACAUGUAAAACCCAAUUCUGUUACAUUUAUAGCUGCUCUAAGUGCUUGUGCUGCUACUGGGGCUUUGAGAUCUGGUAAGGAAAUCCAUGCAUAUGUUUUAAGGUGUGGUAUUGGAUCUGAAGGUUAUGUACCCAAUGCUCUUCUAGACUUGUAUGUGAAAUGUGGCCAGACAAGCUAUGCUUGGGCACAAUUCAGCGUGCAUAGUGAAAAGGAUGUUGUCUCUUGGAAUAUAAUGCUUUCUGGUUUUGUAGCUCAUGGGCUUGGAGAUAUUGCUUUAUCACUCUUUAACCAAAUGGUAGAAAUGGGAGAGCAUCCGGAUGAAGUUACAUUUGUUGCUUUAUUGUGUGCUUGUAGUAGGGCUGGAAUGGUUAUUCAAGGCUGGGAGCUUUUUCACAUGAUGACUGAGAAAUUUUCAAUAGUUCCAAAUCUCAAGCACUAUGCAUGUAUGGUAGAUCUAUUGAGUCGUGUUGGGAAAUUAACAGAAGCUUACAACCUCAUAAAUCGAAUGCCUAUCAAACCUGAUGCUGCAGUGUGGGGAGCCUUGUUGAAUGGAUGCCGGAUCCACCGACAUGUUGAACUUGGCGAGCUUGCUGCAAAAGUUAUCCUUGAGUUGGAACCUAAUGAUGUUGCAUAUCAUGUUCUUCUGUGUGAUUUAUAUACUGAUGCUGGCAAAUGGGCUCAAGUGGCUAGAGUGAGAAAAACCAUGCGAGAGAAGGGAUUGGAGCAAGAUAAUGGAUGUAGCUGGGUUGAGGUUAAGGGAGUAACUCACGCAUUUCUUACAGAUGAUGAAUCACAUCCACAGAUAAAAGAAAUAAAUGUUGUUCUACAUGGCAUAUAUGAGCGAAUGAAAGCAUGUGGUUUUGCUCCUGUUGAGUCCUUAGAAGAUAAAGAAGUAUCCGAGGACGACAUCUUGUGCGGUCACAGUGAAAGAUUAGCUGUAGCUUUUGGUUUGAUCAAUACUACACCUGGUACCACUAUUUCUGUCACAAAGAACCGAUACACUUGCCAGAGUUGUCAUGUGAUAUUCAAGGCAAUUUCUGAAAUUGUUCGAAGAGAGAUAACUGUUAGAGACACUAAGCAAUUACACUGCUUUAAGGAUGGAGAUUGUUCAUGUGGAGAUAUAGGAUAUGGAUGAAAAACUUAUAGAAAGAGGGCUGUAUAACAAUACAAGAUGUGGCCAUGCAUUAUUAUGCAUCUGCUGCAAGCACUGCUACAGAAAUCCUUUGCAACAACAGUUAUUAACCACGUCUAACAAUACAAAUACUCACUAGCAGUUUGGAUAUAGGCAUAUAGCAAGAAGCCCCAGCAACCCUGCAUGGAUCAACAAAGUUAAAAUUUUCAGUUAUAUGUAUUAGGUUUGUGCAAGUAUUCAGCUUGGUACAUGACAAAAAAUGUUGAAAAUCUAGCUCAGAUACUGGCACUCCAGCUUUUGUCAUUUCUUAUUGCACAGAAGUCCCCUUAAGUGGUGCUUCAUGCAGAUGAUCUUUGCGUCCAAUAAUGUCCAAAAGAAAUAUCCAAGUAAGAUUAGUUUUACAGUGAGAAUAUUGUAGCUUUUGUAUGCUACUACCUCCUUCCCUAAAUAUAUGACGUUGGUUAGAACUAACCAGCAUCAUACAAAAAAGACACGGAGGGAGUUUUUUGUUAAAUAGGAGUAACAACGCUGUAAUGGUUGUCAGUGUCAACUAUAGGGCUAAAGAAUUUUGCCUGUUCCAUGUUAGUGAUAGUGAAUAUAUGUAACUAGAGAUAUUGGCAAAAUAGCAUGUGUUAGUGCUUCUUUAAAAUCUUUCUACAUUCACACAUAUAACACCGGUAUAGCUGGCAUAGAAAUUGAUUUACAGGAUGUAUUUGAAGGAUUCUUUUGCAGGAAAUUCACAGAACAAUUCAAUUUCAGCUUUCUAAACAGGUGUUAAAAGUGCCCUGCCUCCUACUUCGAAAGAUACUACAAGAGUGCUUGACUUCCUAGCUCCAAGGGAACGAUAUGCAUGGUUAUCUUGGCGUCAUUACUAGUUUACUACAAGACCCAAACUGGCCAAGGUCCAAGGGCUCUUUCCUGCUUGGAACAAACUACGAACGCAAAAACUCAGCUCCUACUUUCCCCACUUUUUUUUUUUUGACUGAGCGUUUUGUACAAGACUGUUAAUCUGGAAUUUUAAGUUUGUUUGCACCCUUGGGCCUUGGCCUUGUAUGCUUGUAUUCUUGGCUAAGCAAUGUGGGACUAAAACCACACUCUCUCGUAUGCUCGUGGAUGUUCAUGACUGAAAAUUCACGUAUGUUGUGUAGAUACAAUUUUGUGUAGGACAUGUCCGCCUACUGCAUUUUUUUUUGGUGCAGUAUGUGUUUUUUCUCUCGAAAUGAGUAGAUCUCUUGUGCUGCCUUUUUUCA